AUGUCGGUGAAACAAUUAGGAGGUAAAGCGCAGAGAGAUUUUCCGGGGAAAGUGUUUUUCAUUGAUCAGGGUCUAAAGCAGAGUUUGGUCUGUCAUUUCUCUUCAGAUUCACUCUACAAUGAAACAUCAUUACAAGUCCUAUUCAUCAUCACCCUCUUCAUGGAGACUGUGAAACCAUUAGAUGUUGCUUCAGGGAAAGGAAAACUCAGACGCGCGUUUGUGAAAGUCAUCAACGUUAAAAAGCUAACCGGCGUUGUUCCAGAAGGAGACAAGGCCGAGAGAGUGAAGAAGAGCCAAGAGAAGGUGAAGUUGGAUAAAGAUUUAGUGAAGAAUGCAGCGAAUCUGUCUCAGUCCUUUGACAAGCUUGAGGAAGAGUAUGAGAAACGACUCGCCAUGGAAGCUCUUCUCGCGAAGCUGUUUGCUACGGUUUCUUCCAUAAAAUCGAGUUAUGCGCAGUUGCAGUAUGCUCAGUCUCCGUAUGAUCCAGCUGGGAUUCAGAAAUCAGACAGCUUGGUCGUAUCAGAGCUGAAGACACUGUCUGAGCUGAAACAGAGUUUCUUGAAGAAUCAGUUUGAUCCUAACCCUGAUAGAACUCUUGUUCUUGCCGAAAUUCAAGAGCUGAGAAGCCUGUUGAAGACUUACGAGAUCGUGGGGAAGAAGCUGGAGUGUCAGCUGAAGCUUAAGGACUCUGAGAUGAUAUUCCUUAAAGAGAAGUUUGAAGAAUCCAUGAACCAGAACAAGUUGAUGGAGAAGAGACUCAACCAAAGCGGCCAGCUUUGCAACCCUCUGGAUCUUAAUCUUCACCUCUCGGCGCUAAAUCCAACACAUUUCGCUACGUAUCUGCACCACACAGUCAAAUCAAUCAGAGGAUUCGUCAAAAUGAUGGUCGAACAGAUGAAAUUCGCGGGUUGGGACAUUGAUAUGGCGGCUGAUGCGAUACAGCACGAAGUAGUCUAUUACAAGCAAGAACACAAGUGUUUCGCUUUCGAUAAUUUCCUUUGCAAGGUAAUGUUUGAUGCGUUUCAUCUACCUUGCUUCUCAAGCGAAUCAUCAUCUCACAAGAAGAGCAGAGAGACGUUCUUCGAGAGGUUCACGGAGCUCAGGUCGAUGAAAGCGAGAGAGUAUAUAGCGUCACGUCCUAAAUCGAGAUUCUCGAGGUUUUGCAGAGCGAAGUAUUUGCAGCUCGUGCAUCCGAAGAUGGAGCAAGCGUUCUUCGGGCAUUUGCAUCUGAGGAACCAAGUCUCCGCAGGUGAGUUCCCCGAGACGAGUUUCUGCACUGCGUUUCUCGAGAUGGCGAAACGUGUUUGGCUCUUGCAUUGCCUUGCUUUCUCCUUCGACCCUGAAGCUUCGAUCUUUCAAGUAUCUGAAGGCUGCAGAUUCUCGGAAGUGUACAUGAAGAGCGUGGCGGAGGAAGCGUUUCUCUCGUCGGGUAAAGAAGAAAGCUCGCCGGAAUCUGAGCCGAGAGUUGCGUUCACGGUGGUUCCUGGGUUUCGAAUUGGCAAAACGUCGAUACAAUGCGAGGUCUACCUCUCGCGUUCAAGUCAACGCCGUCCGAUCUGAUUGAUCCGUCUCUUGACGGUGGAGAUUCCCCGGCGCUGGCGUCACAGGGGUAUUAGCGUAAUUUAGGUGUUGGCGGAUAUUUUUUGAGGUAGGAAAAUAAAUAAGGAGGGAAAUCUGCUGACCGUUGGAUUAAGGAAGGAGCCAGUAUGGUGACUGUUGAGAUUAUGUUUUAUUUUUUUCUUUUUAAUUUUGUCAAUAUUAUAGCAGAGAGACAGAAGAAUCUCUUAGCUGUUUUCCAUCAAUUAUUAGCUAUCGUCACUACCUUCUCUAUCCUAUGUAAAUAAUUCCUAAUAAUUUAUAUCAGAUUAAUGUUUUUACUAUUUUUAACUUAUGCAAAA